CGCGCCACGCGGCUGUGGUGAACUGGGAGUAGCCAAAUAUAUACGUGCAGUUUACAUUAAUCCUCUAAUCAAGAUGGCGGCUGUCACUGAUGAGCAUCAGUUUCUAGUCCAGCUAUGAUCUGAGAGGAGAUGAUAGCGGAGCCAACUUUACUGUCCAGAUCGGUGCAAAAAGAGAACUCAGUAGUUGACGUCUCUUCCUGUGCAUCGGUGCAUCACGUUUCAAGUGAGAGAAAUGAAAACAGACAGAAGACUGUGAGAGGAAAGAGGAAAGCCCGGGAAUGCUCUGAGAAUGCCAAAAGAAAGCAUUCAAAGAGCAGUAAUGGCAGCCUGGGCAGAGCAGAGAACGAACAGCUCAAAAAUGGAGACGUGGAAGCCGUCACACUGUUUGAGGUGGUCAGCAUGGGCAGGAAUGCAAUGCAGGCUGUGGUGGAUGACUGGAUUGACGCUUAUACUGGCGACAGAGACUCAGCACUGCUCGAUCUCAUCAGCUUCUUUAUCCAGUGUUCAGGAUGCAAAGGGAUGGUUACAGCAGAGAUGUUUCAGAGUAAAAAGGGUACCGAUGUCAUGAGUAAAAUGGUGGAGGAUUUGGAUGAGGACACAGGUUUACAAUAUAAGAAGUUCCUUGCAUUUCCAUGGAUUUUAACUGUCACGUGGCCUCUUGACAUGGACAGUGGCGAGUAUCCCCUCAUCAUGUCCGGCCUGUACUGGAAGAGGUUUCGUUCACACUUCUGUGAAUUUGUAUCGGUGCUAGUGGCCCAGUGUCAGAACUGUGUAAUCUUUGACGGCUACCUCUUGAACACACUAAUUUCACUGCUGACAGAGCUCUCCGAUUCCAGAGUUCGCGCUUUCAGGCACACCUGUACGCUAGCAGCAGUGAAGCUGCUCAGUGCUUUGGUGAAUGUGGCUCUCAACCUCAGUGUCAGUGUCGAUAACAGUCAGCGGCUGUACGAGGUCGAGCUAGCCAAGAUGGCCAGCAAACGGGCUUCUCCGAGGCUGGACAGGAUCCAGAGAAAGAUCAGUGAGAUACAGGACAGGAAAUGUGAAAUUGAGAACAUGAUGGAUGCCGUUUUCAAAGGAGUCUUCCUGAAGAGAUACAGAGACGUGAUUCCUGAAAUCAGGGCCAUCUGCAUGGAGGAACUGACAGUGUGGAUGAAGCUGUAUAGUUCAGUGUUUCUGAAUGACAGCUAUCUGAAGUACGUGGGGUGGAUGAUGCAUGACAAGCAACCUGAUGUGCGUCUGAAAUGUGUGCUGGGACUACAGGCACUUUAUCAGGAUCAAAGUAGUUCCAAAAUGGACCUUUUCACGAUACGGUUUAAGGAGAGGAUGAUCUCCAUGACUCUGGAUAAAGACCAUGAAGUGGCCAUACAGGCCAUGAGAUUGCUCAUGGUCAUCUCUCAAUCCUGUGAGGAUUUUCUGAGUCCUGAUGACCACAAGAAUGUCUUCCAAUUUGUGUACUGCUCCCACAGACCUCUAGCUACCACUGCGGGUGAAUUCCUCUAUAACAGGCUGCUCAGUAACCAUGAAUUAUCAAAGCCCAGAGAUGGAGCCUCUGAUCAGGAGAGGCACAGAGAGUUAGUCUUAGCUAGAGUCCGAGCCCUGAUCCAUUUCCAGACCGAGAAUGAGCUGCAUCAGCAUGUGCUGUACCUCGUGGAUAGUCUGUGGGACAGUGCAGGGGCUCUGCUGAAGGAUUGGACCGGUCUUACCUCACUGCUCUUACCUCACACGUCCUGUCAGGAACAAGCUCUGAGCAUAGCUGAGGAGGCCUUUGUGAUUGAGCUCAUAUUGGCAUCAGUGAGGCAGGCUGCAGAGGGCCCUCCUUUGUCAGGGAGAGGAGCAGGUAAAAAGGUGGUAAAUUCUAAAGAGAAAAAGUUACAAAUUGAUGACUGCACAAAACUCACUGAACAGUUCAUUAAAGUGCUGCCUGAGCUGUUAUCCAAGUACUCAGAGGAUGCUGAAAAACUCACCUCCCUUCUAAAAAUACCUCAGUAUUUCCAAACAGACACCUGUGAUCAUGAAAACUCACUGUGUGCUCAGGCAUUGCUGGCUGAGCUGGAGGCUGCGGUGGACAGACACACACAUGCUGGACUGCUGGAGGCGGCUGCUCGUUCUUACCAGAGCCUCUGUGCUCAGGAUUUGCCCUGGCACUCUCUGGCCCGGCCCAGCUUUGACCGGUUCAUCAAGCACUGGACAGACACACUGGAAACACGGUUAGGAGAAUCACUGAGUGAUGGUUGUUUCACUGCAAACGAGGACAGCACUUUGGAAAUUCUGUCCACACUGAAGAAACUUAAUGCUUUCAAUAUUGCUCAGGAUCUGUCUAAAUGGAGCCUGUAUGAGCUGGGGACCAGACUCCUGGACGUAGAGAUAAAACAUGGUGGUCUUCCCAUGGAGGUGACAGUUGAGGCUCUGCGCUUCAUGUGUAACUGCGUCCUUUGGAAGCUCAACACCUUUGGAGAAGGUGUGACCUCCAGGGAAUCCGCCCUCCAGCAGAGAAGCCAGCUACGUGCCUUCUGUGAGAAAUGUUACCGCUGUCUCUCGCACGCUGAGCAGCUUGUACGAGAGCAAGCCUUCAUAUGUCUGAGUGAUGUUCUCAUAGCUCAUAAUUACCAGCUUCAGAUGUGGGAUUCGUCUGCAGGCACUCCAGUGCUGUACACCCCUGAUCCCAAACUCCAGAAAGCUCUUCUUUCCUUCGUCGUGGAGCAUGUCUUCACCAGCCCUGAACAGGACACCCACAGUAGUAAAGUCAGUGAGAGUGAGUGUGGAGACGGACGGCUGGAAGACUUGCACCGGCGGAGAAAUCUUCUGGCGGCGUACUGCAAGCUGAUAGUGCACAGUGUGCUGGAGAUGAGCAUGGCUGCUGAGGUUUUCAAGCAGUACGUGAAGUACUACAAUGACUUCGGCGACAUCAUCAAAGAGACCCUGAACAGGACACGGCAGAUGGACAAGAUGGAAAGCGCACGCACGCUGGUGCAGUGCCUUCAGCAGCUGUAUCUGAGGCUGAAACAGGAGCAGGACAGAGGAAACACCUGCAGCUCCAGGGUCCAGACAUACAGCAGCAUCAAGGAGCUGGCCAGACGCUUCUCACUCACCUUCGGAUGGGACCAGAUCAAAUCCCGCGAGUCCCUGGCCAUGAUCCACAGGGACAGCAUUGAGUUUAUUUUCAAAGGGUUCGUUCAGCAGUCUGAGAAACACUCUCCGCCGUACAUCUCAUACCUCACCAUCCUCAGCGAAUUCUCCAGCAAACUGCUCAAACCUGACAAGAAGACUAUCUACAGUUAUUUGCAGAAGUUUGCUGGUGAGCUGGUCAUUAACAACAGAGAGGAGAGCUGGAUGCCGCUGAUUUACUACAGAACGUCUCUGAUGGGCACGGCUGAGGGAGAAGAUGCCAUCUCCUUCAUCAGCUCUGACACUAACAAACAGCCCUCCCUCAGCAACCGCUCCAGAUCACCCUCCGUCAAACAAGUCAACUCUGAAGGGGACCAAAGGUUUCUUUCCCCCUCUUCAGAACCAAAGGGAAAUGAGCUUCUGAAAAGUUCCGAAGACUCAAAAGUCCAACAAGCCCCACUGAGCAGAGAGCAGCUGACCAGCAGUCUCGUGUCUGAUAAAGUUCUAAGGAGCAGUGAUGAAGUGGAUGUGGAUACUGUAGAUAUUGAUGGCUAAUGUUGUAAUCAUGGAUCUGUUUUUUGUUUUGUAUUUACUGGUAAAGGACACCAUUCGCACUACAUAAUGCCCUGUAUAAAUAAAUGGUGCCAUUUAAAAUGAUAAUCAUGAUCAGAUUCAGAUCUAAUAAGGCGGUGCUGAAAUAUCUGUAAAGAAUGUAAAUUCAUGGUGCAUUGCUAUCGAUGAAAUUUUUGCACGGCCUAUGUGGGCUUAAAAAGACAGAAUGAUGCACUUUCAAAUCUUGAUGUAUAAAACACUCAUUUACUGCUAAUUGUAGCGCAAAAAAAAAAAUAUUGCAAUUUGACCAAUCUUUUUUUAAUACUUGUUGCCCUGUAUACUUUUAGACCACACAUAUAUACAUUUUGUUGUGCAUUGCUGAAUCAUAAUGUGGUUUAUUCAGGUAUUCAAAUAAGCUACACCCGUGUUGUAAAUUGUGGAGAAGCAACUGUAUUUUUUUUUAUUUGAUGCGUUGUCACAGCUAUUAUGUUUAUGCCUUCUACUUAAAUUAAAACAGGUUGCUCCAUAAUUAUUUCAAAUUAAUUUGACUUGCAGAAAUUUAUAAAUGAACUUUAAUUAAAGAGCAAUAACAUCCUGCAGCGAAUGUGUGACUUUUGUCUUAAUACUUUAUUUAACUCUUUAAAACAAGAAAAAGUUCAUUUUUACAAUAAUAAAAGUACAUUGUUAGGAAGCACUUCUACAGAAAUAAUACAAACGUAAUUUGUUGAAAACAUUUAGCUGGACUAAAGCCUAAAGGUUUAGAACAAACGAGGCAAACAAAUAUUUACAAAUACAUUAUAAUUUAGAAACACUUCUCA